AUGGCGCGCAGUCGACCACCGGCUCCGACCGCAGCGUCACAACACCGGACGGCCUUUCCGCGACUGUCAGCGUUCCUCGUCGGCCUCUCGCUCACCAGUCUCGCCAUCUGUCUCGCGAUAUACCGAUCCUACGUCGCGACGCAGCCGUACUACCCGCCGGGAUCGUUGCCGGAGGAUGCGCGAGGGGGAGGGGCUGGCUCGUGCAGGAUGAGCUUCAUGUCGCCGGCCUACAUGCAUCUUUCGGGAUUCGGGAGGGAGUUUACGAGACUGGGGAACGGGCCGUGGGGGCUGUACCUGUACCGCGAGGCGGGGUGGGACGACAAUCCGUUCGUCGAGGAUGGACGAGGCGGCCAGAAGCUUCAGCUCUCCGGCACGCCCGUCCUGUUCGUCCCAGGAAACGCAGGCAGCUUCAGGCAGGUCAGGAGUCUGGCGAGCGCGGCGAGUCGGGCGUGGUUCGAGGUGCCAGGCGUGCCGCGGAAGGGCGUAGGAACGCGAGAAGGCGGAGCCAGUCUCGACUUCUUCACCCUCGACUUCAACGACGACUUCUCCGCCUUCCACGGCCAGACUCUCCUCGACCAGGCCGAAUACACCGCCGACUGCAUCCGAUACAUCCUCAGCCUGUACGCCCACCAUGAAGACGAAGCGACAGGCCGAAACCGCCGCCCUGAUCCGACAGCCGUCAUUGUCGUUGGCCACUCGAUGGGCGGGGUCGUCGCGCGAGCAGCCUUCCUCAACCCGAACUACCAGUCGCAUUCCAUUUCAACCCUCAUCACCUUCGCAACUCCCCAUGUCGUCCCGCCUGUCACCGUCGACGCAGGGGUCGACCGCGUCUACGAGGCGAUCAACUCGUACUGGCGGGACGCUUACGAGCUUUCGACGUCGCCAACGUCGAGCUUCACCGCCAUCGAACCGCCUUCUCCAGCCCUCGCCAGCUUCCGCGCCCCUCCCCACGAAGAAUUGCGCGACCUCGUCCUUAUCUCGAUCGCGGGCGGUUUAUCAGAUGUCACCAUCGCAUCCGAGUCUGUCUCGCUCGCCUCACUCCUGCCUGUCGACGGCUCAAACGGCUUCACCGUCUUCACCACGGCGAUUCCAGGCGUUCAGACGCCGAUCGACCACCUCGCCAUCCUAUGGUGCCAGCAACUUAUGCAGACAGUUGCGCAAGGCCUGCUGGCGAUCGUCGACGUCCGGCGAGCCUCGGGUGUCUCGUCACGGGAGGAGCGGGUGGCAGAGCUCGGCAGACGAUGGCUCGGCAGCCUCGAGCUCCCGCCGAAGGAGGACUCGUCUGCGCGGAGAGUCGCGCUGGACGCUGUCGUGCGCGGUCAGAGCAGCACGCAGCUGAAGGUCGGCGAGAGGCUUGUCGUCCGGCCGGACGACGUUAUCGCAGGUCGACGAACCUACAUCCUCCCCGUCCCGCCUACGAGAACCUACACUGGCCCUCGCGUCUUUAGACUCCUGACGUCCGCAUCUAUUGGACGCCGUAAGGACGACUUCGUUGAGGUGUGGGCCUGCGAAGCGAGCGGCAGCACACGGCAACAGCCCGACAACGACAAAGGUCGCAGCGCGCUUGACGAGACCGAGGGAUCCCCUUGCACCGCUCUGUACCCUCGCCACGUCACGACUCUGCCCUCGUCGCCGCAUUCGAGUGUCUCGCCCAUCCUACCGGCCCCGGUCGAGCACGGCUCGAUCUCGCUCGUCUCGCUCGACGCGCAGCAGCUGGAGGGAAAGGAAGCGAUUGCAGUCGUCGUCAAAGAGGGUGGUUCGCCGUGGGUGCUGGCGGAGUUCGCAGAUGCGGAGAAGAGCAUCCACGUAGUCGAGAAGGGAGCUCUCCACCUCCUGCUGAACGGCUACAAGCUGGAAGCGCUGCCGGCGACUCCAGCGAUGGUGUCGGAGGUCUGGCUUCCCGCGCUCGACACGUCGCUCCUCACGCUCAAGCUUCGGGUCUACCGCAGCGAAUGCCAAGAACACACCUCGCUUUUCGCCCCUCUCCUGCGACAAUACUCGUCCACCGUCCAUGAGUCCAAGUACUUCCCGAAUGUCCGCCUCGCCUCGCUCUACACGCACUCGUCGGGCCCUUAUCUGCCUCCAGCCUCUUCCCCUUUCUCCGCCUCCGGCACCCGUCUUCAGUUCUUCCUCGACCCAACCUGUGCGCGACCGGCUGGACCAGGCGAGACGGCCGACUUGGCCCUCGAGAUUAGCGUCGACGUCUGGGCAACACUCGGCGCGCUCGUUGUGCGGUACAGGAUGGCGAUGGUGACCGUUCCCUUUGCUUUCGCGAUGUUCGUCCUCGGCAGGCAGAUCCGGGAGUACAACGGUGGAGCUCCCUUCCCGACUUUCGGCGCUGCCCUCUCAAAUGUCUCCCGGCGAACCUUCCCUCUCCUCCUUGCCGGCCUGCUCGUCCUCUCCUACAUCCAGUCAAUCGCCCUCAGCGGUCACAUGGCCUCGCGCGACCACCUCGCAUCCGUCGAACCGGCUCACCAUCGCCACUCGCACCUCUCCCUUCCGCCAAGCUGGCUCGCCAAUCUCAUGCUCGGCAACUCGGGCAGCUUCUGGGCGCCGCUCGUGCCCAUACUCGCCUUCGCUAUCCUCAGCGUCGUCGUGUUCGAGUAUGUCGCGCUGUCAGCCAUUGUUGGCGGCGUUGCCUGGAGCAUUCGCCAACUACAGGCGCGGGGUCCUGCUCGGUUGCGGCCUUUCGUAACCCUCGCGGACACACCCGACACGCUCCCCUUGCAACGGGUGCUCACGAUGAUCGUCCUCCUCCUACUCGUCCUCUUUUUCGCGCCCUACCAGUUCGCCUACCUCGUCAUUGUGCUCGUUCACCUCUUCUCAACGAUCCGGUGCCUCGUCUUGGCGCAAGAAGCGGCACCGGCCUCGACACCUUCCGCUUCAGCAGGACCGUCAUCCGCCGUCACAGCCGCAGCAGCAAGACGGCUAUGGGAUCGCUACCACUACACCUUCUCCAUCCUAUUCGUCCUCGUGACGCUCCUGCCGAUCAACGCGCUUAUCCUCGUCGUCUGGGUCCGCAACCUCGCCGUCGGAUGGCUCGCGCCGUUCUCGUCCGAUCACAACGUCCUCAUGGUUGUCGGGUUCCUCGCGAACGUCGAGGCGCUCCAUAGCGGCAAGAUGCUGCAGCGCAGCGCUGGCGGACGGUACUCGCCAACGGUCACCCUCCUCGCCUUCGUCAUCCCUGCGACAUACUCCUUACUGUACGGCAUUCGCGCCGCGCACAGACUCUACUCGCUCGCCAACUUGUGCUUCCUCUGGCUCGCCCUCGGGACCAGUGACGGCUUCGUCGGCUCGACGGGCGCGAGUCCGACUGCGGGAGACGCCGGGCUCGUCGAUGUGCCGCCUCGUGACGUCAAGCGACGGUGCAGCAGUCCGCCUGAACCGACGGACGACUUGGUGGGCGAGGGCGGCGUCGCACGGAAGGUCGCGACUCUUGGGACCGCGGGCGGGCCCUCAAGACGGUGA